AUAGACUAAGCAAAUUGAGAGACAUGAAAUAUCAAGAUAACCAACAUUUCAGCCACCACCAUAUUUUGAAAAAACUUGUUGUUGAUGAAAGUGAGGAACUUCAAUGCCAAGCCUGUGAGAAGCCUAUUUUUGAGCCCUUUCAUGGUUGCAUCUCUUGCAAUUUCUACCUCCAUGACAAUUGCCUCAACGCGCCUCGUUCUCUGGUUCACCCUUCUCAUCCCUCUCACCCUUUAACCCUUCUUCCAUCUCCUACUUAUUCGAGCCGAUCUUUUACCUGUAAUGCAUGUGGAUCUGAAGGAAGAUCAUGUAGCUUAAGUUGUGCUCAUUGCGAGUUUGAUCUGCACGUGCAAUGUGCCCUUUUGCCCCAAACUGUCUUACUUCCCCAACACCAUCAUCAUGCACUUAAACUUAUAUUUGAUUCCUCAUUUGGUGAUGAGGAUGAAAGUUACAUUUUUGUUUGUGAUCUAUGUCAUGGAAAAGCAGAACAGAAUUCUUGGUUGUAUUAUUGUGCUGAUUGUGAUUUUGGAACACAUAUCGAAUGUAGCAUUUCCAAAUAUGUCAACAAACCAAAAGAAAAUGCAGUCAUCACGAAACCAAAGGAAGAAAUUGUCAUUAGUAUAUCAACAAAAAGUCCAGAUAGGAAAACAGAGAAAAAAUCUACCAAGAAUCCCAAAAUGAACCUAGCAGCUGUAUCUCCGGUCGAAAAACUAGCAGACAAAUUACCACAAGGAGAAGAAAAUGCAGUGAUCAUGAAACCAAAGGUGGAAGAACCAAUUAACAAGGAAAUUACUGAACAAGUCAUCAAUAAACCAACAAAAGGUCCAGUUAGGAAAACAGAGAAAAAAUUAGCCAAGAGUGUUAGAGUAAAUCCCAAAAUGAAGACAGUAUUGCCUGACGAGAAACCAGCAGACAAAUCACCAGAAGAAAACGAAGAAAGAGAAGAAAAUGCAGAGAUCAUGAAACCGAAUGAAGUACCAACCAAUGAAAGAGUCAUUAGUACAUCAACAAAAAGUCCAACUAGGAAAACAAAGAAAAAUUCAACCAAGAAUCCACCAGAAACUCCCAAAAUGAAGCCAGUAACUGAAUCGGCGCAAGAAGAAAAUUCAGCAGACAAAUUACCAGAAGAAGGAGAAGAAGAGGAGGAGUCAGAAUCAACAUAUUAUGAAGCUCAGCGCAGACUGAAAGAACAACAUAUGGGGCAUAUGCUCAUGCUUCAAGCUAUGGACAAUGCUGCUAGCUACAUUGGGCCCUCACGGGGUUAUUACUAUUAUUGACCUUCUAUCAACAUUCAACAUCAUGAACGCACAUUCACUGGUAUUUCCCUUUGUUUGAAUCUUGGUAUUACAUGUUGUUUGAAUGGUUUUAUGAUUGUUACUAGUAUUCAUUGUAUUUUCAAUAUUGGUGCGAGCUGUUACAUGAGUAUAUCACUAUCUACACAGUCAUUUUUCCCCAGUUAAUUAAAUGCAUCUUGGAUCUAAUUAACCAACUCCAAAAAUUAGCUCAUAAGAGAAAAAUUGU